AGAGUGGCACAUAGGCUGAGGGAGAGGUAAUGGGAAAGCAGUGUGGGCUGGACUCAUGGUUUUCUCCUCUCUGCCCCACAGGUUCUGUUUCUCAUACACAAGGCAGUGCAGAAAGCAGUGGUCGGCAGCCAUGCUCCAGACUGUGUGGCCCCAGGAGUUAGUGACAUUUGAGGAUGUGGCUGUAUACUUCACCCAGAAUCAAUGGACCAGCCUGGACCUUGCACAAAGGGCACUAUACAGGGAGGUGAUGCUGGAGAACUAUGCCAAUGUAGCAUCCGUGGCUGCUUUUCCAAUCCCGAAGCCAGAUCUGGUAUUUGAGCUGGAGCAAGGGGAAGCACCGUGGGGCCUGGAUCCCUGGGUCCCUGGGCAGGGAGAGGCCCCCAGAGGUGUCUGCACAGGUGGUAAAACCAAGACCAGGAAUGAGGAGCAGACUCCAAAGCUGACCAUUAGUAAGGAAUCUGAGUCUGACAGACUGAUAGUGGAGAGAAUGCUGGUGGAAGCACCUCCAUACCCUGGCUUUAAGGACAGCUCAGAGAAGUUGCAGCUGUGUGACAUAGGGAAGAAAACAAGGUCAAAGAAAGGAAAUUUCACUCACUUGACAGCCCAGUUUCAUAAAUCCUCUACUGUUGAAAAAGAAGAGACAGCCAGGAAAUUGGGUAGAACCGGUGAGGUCAGCACACACUUUAACUCAAAGCGGUGCCACUCUAGAGAACAGGUAUUUUAUAAAUGUGAUGAGUGUGGCCGAUGUUUCCACCAACGUUCAGACCUUCAUCAGCACCAGGCAAUUCACAAUGACGAAAAACCUUACAAAUGCAAAGAAUGUGGGAAAGCCUUCAGAUACAAGUCAAAACUGUCACGGCAUCAGAAGAUCCACACCAGGGAAAAACCAUACUCAUGUCGGGAAUGUGGACAGACCUUCAGCCAAAACUGCCACCUCCUUCGGCAUCAAAAACUACACGUGGGAGAGAAGCCCUAUGAAUGUAAGGACUGUGGAAAAACUUUUAGCUAUAAUUCAAAACUUACUCUGCAUCAGCGAAUCCACACUGGAGAGAAACCCUUUCAGUGUAAGCAAUGUGGAAAGUCUUUCAGGUGUAGCUAUGAUUGCAUCAUCCACGAGCGAAUUCACACUGGGGAAAAGCCCUAUGAAUGUAAAGAGUGUGGGAAAAGUUUUAGUUUGAAUUCAGUCCUGAUUCGGCAUCAGAGAAUCCACACUGGGGAGAAACCUUAUGAAUGUAAGGAGUGCGGCAAGGCCUUCCACCGGAGCUGGGCAUUCCUACAGCACCAGAGGUUCCACACGGGGGAGAAACUCUAUAAAUGUAAUGAAUGUUGGAAAACUUUCAGUUGUAGCUCACACUUUAUAGUACAUCAGAGAAUCCACACUGGGGAGAAGCCUUAUGAAUGCCAGGAGUGUGGGAAGGCAUUCAAUCAGAAAAUCACCCUAGUUCAGCAUCAGCGUGUCCACACUGGUGAGAAACCUUACCAGUGUAAGGUGUGUGGAAAAGCCUUCAAAUGGAACGCCAGCUUCAUUCACCACCAGAAGUUGCAUACUAGGAAGAAACCCACCCAAGCUACUGUGUCUUCUGCAGUCAAACCCCACUGCCCCUCUUAUGCGCUCGCCCCACUCACUCCCCAACAUGUGUGCUCUGUCCGAGCCACGCCAGGACCUCCCCUGUCUUCACAUGCAAUGCUCCUUCCUCUCUCUACACCUCUUUUCCUGGUGCUCCCUGUAUCUCAAAUAGUCAGCUCUUCACCUGUACAAAUAGUGUAUUUCUUUCAGGAUUUUACAUCUGGGAAAUCAUCCCCUCAUAGCCUGACCCCUUUGUCUUACUUCCCGUGAGCCCCCUCGUGUAGUCAAGUCCCACUGUACUUAAGUUCUUCAUUGAUACUCAUCUGUUCUUGUAUAAGUCAUUAUUUUCCCAAUUCUCUUUUAAAUUCUCAUAUCUAAGGGCCGUGUUUGUUUAUUUUCAGUUCCCCAGGUAGAAAUGGUUGUAUGCCCUUUUCAGCAUCUGCUGGGGCUUAUAAUACCAUCAGCCUACCAACCUUGUCUACUAGAAUUGGAAGAGUUUGCAGAACAUUUUGACUUUUAGGAGUAUGACUAUGACAUUACAUGAGACGGGCCAUAGUAAUUUGUGAAAUAAGAGCUAGGGAGGAGGGCAUCAGAGUGUAUCCAAUGGUUACUUUCAAGAUUUAAGGCCACUGGUGGACCAGUAGCAAGGGUCACUGAGGAAUCAGCUUUGGAUUAUUUUUUUACCUUGAUAAUAACCAAUAGAAGGAUCUCUGAACUAAGCAAUAGACCAUAGAACAGUGAAAAGAAUAUGAAGUGAUGAGUUGGCAUUGAUAGCAAUAAUGUAAAAUUAUGUUUUUAAACUUAAUUGGAAGGGAACUGUGGCUCUUCUGUUUGGAUUCCUUUUUCUAUUUGUAUGUUUAAUUUCAAUAUCCAA